AUGCAAACACUAUCGUUUUCAAAACUCGUGUCUGGGUCAUAACAGUCAGAAAAAAAAUUAAAAUUAUAUUCUUCAACUUGCUUUGCAGAACAUCUUGCAAUUAACUUAACUGUUUACGGAAUGAAGUUGCCGCAAAACGUGUCAAAAUUGAGUCUUAACUUCAUAAUGAUUUUUAUUUAAUAUAAGCUAAAAAUAAUUAUUUUAGUGGACACUCUAUACUAUUGUUUCACUGAAUUGUUUACUAGAGAGAAACAUAUUGCUUGUUAAAUUAAGUCAUUUUAAUUCUCAUUCAAUUGACACAUUUUGAGGACUCAAAACAAAGUAAACAAAACAACAGUUCAGUUAUCUUGAAAAUAAACAUACAUGUAAAAGUAUUGUGUACAUGUGUUAUGAAUUUUUCCAUUCCAUUCAUACAAUCCUUAGAAAUAACUAUGUACUUUGUGAAAUAGUGAGCAUGUGAUGUGCCAAUAUCAUUGCAGCAAUGGAUGCAACUCAUUCAAAACUUUGUAAAACCCAAACUUCAUGUAUUAAUUAUUGUUCAGAAGUUCAGUCAAAAAAAUUUAUCAAACAUGCACUUCGACAGCAAGUGAAACGAAGGAAAAAAAACACUUUGAUGGCAACUGGUCAACCAAGUUUAUAUAAUAAAAAAAUUGAUGUAUCAUCUACGUCACAUUCAAACAUGACUUCUGCAGUGGGUUACUCCUCUACUAUUGGAGUAACAGAAUCCGAUGUCACAAUGAAAGAUAUUUUGGCUAGUAUACCAGGAUUUGAACCAAAAUUGAAUCGUCGACGUUCGAUAAAAAAAUUGUCGAUUGCUGAACAACUGGAAGCAGGUCAUAUUGAUUUAGAAUCACCAUCGAGUAUACUCAUUGGAACAAGUUUGAAAAUUGUUUUAAACAGGCAUACUUUUCAAGCUUUACCGCCAUUAUAUCAAAAAAAAUUGGUGCAGUUACUGCCCGCUGUAGAUAGACAGGAUGCAGCUGGGUCCGGGUUAAGUAAUGAAUUUUUUGCCCGAGCUUGCCAAGAAUGGAAAAAACGUUUAUCUGAAGGUGAAUUCACUCCCGAAAAUCAACAAAAACUUAAAUUGGAAAUAGAAAAAAGUAAAACUAAAUUAGAUCCAUGGAAAAUUAAACAUUUUGAGCCCGUUUGGGGAGAAAAGUGGGACAUUCAUAAACUUAAAUCAAGAUUACAAAGUCUUAAAGCACUUUCACGAUACUCUAAAACAUAUGAAUCAACUCUUUUACAUUCCCAAACCGAAUCGGAUAUAAAUGAAAUAUUGAAAAACUUUUCUGAUGGUGGGCCUGAAGAUAGACUAGUAGAAAAAAAUGAAAGAAACAUGCUAUCUUUUGUUCAAUGCAUUUCAAAUCAGAAUGAUCCAAUAUCUUUUUGUGAUCAAAUAAUAAUGCCUAAUUUCAAUAUUUCUUUGCAUAUUCUAAAUGAGAACGAACUUGAUGACGACGAAGACGAUGAUAUCGAAGAUGAAGAUGAAGAUGAUGAAGGUGAACAACGGUUUGAUGAAGAUUAUGAAGGACAUGAUGGCGAUGAAGAGGAUGAAGUAGAGUCUCACAUUUCAUUUAAUUAUACUGAAGAAAAUGAAAACAAUAAUGAUGAUGCCAUCGAUAGUGCUCCAUUUGAAAAAGAAAGUAUGAAGCGGAAUUCUUCAGAUUUAUCGGACUCGACUGAAAUUUAUAAUUCAAAAGUUAAUGCCUCCGACAGUAUUAAUGAGGUGGAAAACACAAAAUCUUUCACAGUGUCGGAAAGUGAAAAAUGUCCUUCUGUUCCUAACUCUCCAACCGAAUUAGGUGAAAAAGUGAAGAAUACAUCAGAAGUUGAACAUAUAUUACAAAAUCGUAGUUUUUUUCAAUGUUGUUCUAGUGAUUUUAUAAAUGAUCCUGAAUCGACUAACAAAGAAAGUUCUAUUAAAAAUAAAUUAGUUCAUAGUAUUCCUCCGAAAGAUGACAUGGAAAUAGAAAAGGGAGAAACUUCCUAUCCUUGGACAAUAGUAACUACGAAUAUGGAAACACUUUCUCCUUCAAAUCUGAAUACAACAGCAUUGGAUAAAAUUUCAAAUGAACAGUCAAUUUUUUUUAGCAAGAAAGAAAAUUCUCAUGAUUGUCAAUCAGAUGGUACUGAAGUUAAUUCAAAAAUUAUGAAAAAUGUGUCAUACAAUAUGCCUGUGGCUCCAUGCUUAGUAGAAAACAUUCAAUCCACUCAAAAUCAGCCUUUGAUAAAUAUUUCUCAUGCUCAAUCAAUACAUUUUUUGCAAAAUAAUCAACAUUCGUAUUCAUUCCCGCAUACGUUUUCUAAUGUAUUACACAAAUCUAAUUUUACUUCCGAAGAAACGAUGACAUUUUCUACUGACCAAAAAAAUUUUCCUAAUGACAGUGUUAAUAUUAGUGAGUGCCGGCUCGUAGAAAAAAGUCAACAUAUUAUGAUUCCAAAACGUUUCUUAACAGAUCUUAAUUUUGCCUCUAUGAAUUCUAUGACAUUAUCAAAAAAAAGUUCGCUUCCAAUUGAAAAAAAGCAGAUAAUCUCAGAAGUUCAAACCAAAUCAUCUCAACAUUUAUUAGCGCCAAGUGUACUUGACAAAACAAGUCGUCCUAAAAAUUUGAAUGCCACAACUGGGUCUUCGAGGAAUAGUAUUAGAGAUUUCAGCGUUGUGCGAUCUCGAAACCAUAACAAAGAACCACCAGGUGUCGUAAAUUUUGAACGCAGUUAUCAAAUCUGCCAAGCUGUAAUUGCUAAAUCGCCAAAUAGACAUCAGCUUCAAGCUCACUUGAAACCACCACCGAGUUUAAUGUCAAAAGAAGAAAAUUCUCGAUUGAAUAGUUCAUCACAAAGUUCUGGUUCAAGUCAUUACGUGGAUACCAAAUCUUACUUCGUAAAUAAAAAUCAAGUUACUGAAAAAAAGAUUACCAAAAACAAAAAAGAACUUCAUAAAUUUAGCGAAAAGAAAAGGAUGGAAAAGAUCGAUAAGCAUGUCGAGCCGGAUCAAAACUUCGAGCAAAUUAGUAAUUUAAAUAUGACUCGAUCGUCAUCGGCUCCUCCACUACCACAGCAAAUAUCUGGUAUGUGUUUUAGAGUACAUUCAACACGUGGAAGGCCAGCUAGUGUUGAAAGUGGAUUCAAUCUUGCUACCUUAGAUAUUCCAAAAAAUCGCAAUAAUGAGCCAAGUGAAAAAAUUACUUGUGACACUACAAAUAAAACAACCCCUACUUGUGAUUGUGGGGUUCAAGGAGCGAUGAUGAUAUGUAAAUUAUGUGGAGCAUUUUGCCAUGAUAAGUGUUUAGGAUCACAAUGUGUAUGUGCAGUUUGUCUUGUUCCAUAAAAUUAAUUUUUUUUGUAUAAAUAUCGAGUAUUAAUAAA